AUGGCAGCUCCGCUCUCGGCAUCGCAAACGACGCCUUCGCACAGUGCUGUGCAUGGGACGAUGAAAGAGCUGCGUGGAUUCCUGGCGGACGGACGAGUGCCUUUGAGCGCUCGCGUCGCUGCGCGAGCGUUUGCCCUGGGCUAUACGGCCAAUGUUGUUCUCGAUGGGAUUCUUCCGUUGGCGCUACGCAAGAAGUCGGCACGCCAAGCACUCGGCGCUCUGGUCUCGAUCAAGUCGCUGCAAUCCGGAUCGGUGCUUGCGCUCUUCUCGGCACUGUAUCGAGCGCUGCUCUCGCGACUCACGACGCUGCGGCUCUCGCUGCUGUCCAGAGCGCGCAAGGUUGACGAGCUCGACUUGAGCAUCACGCGCGAUCGCAUCCGAGCAUCGCUUCUGCGCGUGCUCAACUCGGCAGGCUUGGUGCCGUUUACAGCAUGUCUGGUGGCAUCCUCGGUACUCUCGCUCUUCCCGAUCACGAGUGUACGUCGAUCUCUUGCGCUUUGGUUCUCAACGAAAGCUGUGGAGUCCGUGUAUGUGCACCUUCGCGCUGUAAAUUCGCGGCUGGUCAGUUGGGUGCCAGACUUUAUCGGCGGUGGAUUCUUUUACGCACUUGCGAAUGGUCAGCUAUUAUGGACAUUCCUGUUCGAGCCUUCGUGCUUCCCAGACUCUUACGGCAGAGUGAUCCUGGCUCGAAGCACGAGCUAUAUUCCACCACGACCAGCGACGUUGCCGACGUCCAUCGCUUGGCCUGCAUCCAGGGAUAUCGCAGAUACGAUCGCGGCACUUUCCACGCCGUCAGCUACGGCUGCUGCGUAUCCGGCAUUCAAGGCGCCGGUGCUAUCGGCAUUGACACCGCCCAAGUAUCCUACAUCAAAGUAUACGCUCAUCAACCCGGUGCUGGAUUAUGCACCCGCGCAUCCAGCGCACUCGAGGUUGCUGUGUGCCGUCCUACAUCCAACGCAGCCGAGUUGUCUCAAGAACUUGUUGAGUUUCUUUGCCACUGAAUGGCAGGCUUCUGCAAAGUUGGUCGCCCUCUUCACGGCUAUCAGCCAGCUGCUCUCGUACAAAAAGCUUCUCAACGACCCAGAAACGGCAUUGUUCAAGUUUGCACUAGCUGUGGUCCAGGGGGCAACGGUGAUUUCCGGUUCAAUCGGCACAGCAUGGGGUCUAACAUGUUUCUUCCAACAGUACCUGCCGCGUACCUUGUUCCCCAGAGCGAGGUAUUUCCUCAACGGCUUUCUUAGCAGCGUUUUCAUCCUCGCUGUGCCCCAAGCCAGGAGGGCUCAGCUGGGCAGCUACACCACCAGGCAGAGUUUGAAUGCACUCUGGGGUGUAGCUGAGAAACGAGGUUGGUGCAAAAGCGUCACGCACGCCGAUACAUUCCUCUUGAGUCUAGGCCUCGCUACCUUGGUCGCCAUGUAUGAAACCAUCCCCACCAGUGUAGACAAGAUCAUCGCCAGGACUAUGUCGUCGUUGGUCGGUUCUCCCGCUGCCCUCGAUCCCGAAAAGCAGAUGCACCUGAAAUGGUCCCCUCCCACCUCCCAAGCGCAGCACAAGCCCAAGUCCCUUUGA